AUGCUGACAGUGCUUGUGAUGGAUGAAGAAAACAGUCCUAUGGAAGAUUCUUGUGACGUUGAAUUUGUCUGCGGAGAUCCAAAAGUUGAUAUUCGUGUUGGGGACGAAUAUCAGGCUGAGAUACCUCCUAUGAUGUCUGAAUCCAAACGUGCAUCGUUUCUUUUGAGUCCUAUAGCUUUGGAUCUCGACUCUGAUUCCUCGUGUUCCUUUGUCGUCGGGCUACCUGUUGAAGUAAUGUGGAUAGACACCAAAUAUAGAGAUGGAAAGGGAGUUGGAGAUGAUCAGGUCGACUUGAACGAAUCUCUCAAAUCUCUGAAAACAAAAAGAAGCCGCAGAUGUGAGAGUGAUGGGAACCCGGGAUCCAAGCAAUGGAUGAAUCUUGAAGCUGUGCCUAUGAAAUCAUCCAGUUCUUGGGAAGAUUUGGAAGUAGAUGGCUUUGUUCUUGGGCUGUAUACAUUCGGGAAGAACUUUACUCAGGUGAAGAAGUUGUUGGGGAGCAAAGAAACAGGAGAAGUACUUUUGUUUUACUACGGAAAGUUCUACAGAUCUGCUAAAUACAAAAUUUGGUCUAAUUCCCUUAAGAAGCGGAGCAGGAAGUGCAUUCAAGGGAAGAAGCUCUAUUCAGGUUGGAGACUACAGCAGUUGUUGUCCCGUUUAAUUCCCAGCCUUGCCGAUGAACCACAGAAGAAGAUGCUUGUGGAUGUCUCAAAGUCAUUUGCUGAAGGGAAUACAUCUCUGGAAGAAUACAUCAGCUCGGUGAAGGAACUAGUGGGUCUCCAGUCUCUGGUAGAGGCUGUAGCAAUCGGUAGAGAGAAAGAAGACCUGACAGUCCUCACAACAGAACCCACAAAAGCAAAACAAUGGUUCACAGUUUCUUCUGCGGUUGCUGCUGGUUUAGGGGCCUACACUUCACUCACAUCUGAAGAAAUAAUCAACAAAUUGACUGGUGGUUCCCGUCUAAGCAAAGCCCGUUGCAAUGACAUCUUCUGGGAAGCUGUGUGGCCGCGUUUGCUAGCCAGAGGGUGGCAUUCUGAGCAACCAAAAGACCGAUGUCACAUCAAGUCAAAAGACCACAUCGUCUUCAUCGUCCCUGGGGUAAAGAAGUUCUCAAGACGGAAACUUGUUAAACAGAAUCAUUAUUUUGAUUCUAUAAGUGACAUUCUCACAAAGGUUAUUUCCGAGCCUGACCUUCUUGAGUUUGAGACAGCAGAGAUCAGAGCUCCCAGUGGAUUCAUUGAAGAGAAAAUUUGUGACCAAUCGAAUCAAGAAAAACACCGUUACCUCAGGUUUCAAAAAUCUUCUACUCAUAUAAAAUUCACUGUUGUGGACACUACUAGUUUGGCCACAGGAGGAAAGUUAUGUCAAUUUCGGGAGUUGAAAAAUCCGAAUCCAGAAUCUCUAAUUUCUAAAUUAAAAGCUGGUCAAGGAGAUAACAAAUCUUCCAUGGAAAGAUUCCAAAUGAUGCCGUUGGAUGUACAGAAGCGUGCCAGGUUUGCUGAUGAACGGAGGCGAAUGAAGAAACUGGUGGAUGACCCGGUUCGAUUCAUGAUUGUGGAUACAAGUGUGGACCAUGCUGUGCAGUCAUCAGGUCUGAGGAGACGGAGACAUUUGCCAAGUGAAUGCAUAUCCAGAGAGGCCUUUGUUGAUUCAUCACAGAACCAAUCUGACACUAAUACAGGUGUGAAUUGCGAGUAUCCUAAGGGGACUGAUUCUGGAGUAAAGGAGGAGAGUUUGGAGAAUGUCCAACAAGGAUGCUCGAAGAAGAAGUUCGCCCGAAAAUCAGAAUCUAAUAACCAUCAUUUGGUUAGUUCUCUCCCGUUGCCAAAACGCAGGCGGCUCAGUGCUUGUGUAAGGAAAGAUAUUGAACGUUCUGGUGGAAGUUCAGUGUUGAAGCCACCAGCAUUAGACCAGACAACUAAGAGCCUCAAGACUAAUCAAUCAGAAGAAACUGAAAAUGGAAUGUCUUUGCAUGUUGAGAUUCAAGGAAGACCAGAAAUUGAACCAAAUGGGUUAUGUCCUGUCUUGGAGACAGUCAAUGAACUAAGUUCAUCAGCACAACAACAAGAGCCAAAUGGAUUAUGCUCAAUAUCGGUUUUGGACACGCACUGGCCUUCCAAGGAACAAGGAGCUCUUCAUGAACUCAGUUCAUCAGAAAAACAACAAGACGAAUCAAAUUUGUUGUGUAGGGACAAAAAAUGCUCUUCCAAGGAUCUGGAAACUGCCCAACAUCAAGAAAAAUCGAUUCAGCUUCCUACCAUGGCAGGCUCAGACAAGAAGUCUCCUUCCACUAAUCAUGGAAAUACUUGGGAACAACAAGAAGAAGCGCAUAACCAACAGACUAACUUAGAUCUUCCAAGAAGACUAAGCACAAGAAAGCGGCCAUUAACGACUCGUGCUUUAGAAGCCCUUGAAUCUGGUUUUCUUACAGCAAAGAGCAUGAAAUGUACAUCUAAACCGAGAAAACGCGAAAGGUCUACAAAGAUCAAGCAUUCAGCUAAUGGGAGUAACAGAAGUCAAGGUGAAUCACACAAUGGUUUUCAUGUAAAGGAAGAAACAGCAAGUAAACGGCUGGAUGACAUAGAGGAUUCGGAACCUAGCUUUCUUGUGGAUAAAGCAACAACAGCGAGCAAGCAUGUUGUGGAUCAAAUACAGAAUUCGAAGAAGGUGACAACCGAGUACCCUAAACUUCCUCCAAUUGUUCUGAAACUUCCUUUCAAGCGUGGCUGA